CCACUCGUGUCCUGAACUGUCCCCGCUGUGUGCACCGACCACCCGUGUUCCGAACUGCCCCGCUGUGUGUGCACUGACCACCCGUGUCCUGAUGGCAUGCCCAGAGUAUAGCUACCUGUGGUGCCCCUGAGUGCUUGAGCCAUCGCUACCCGUUGAGUCCCCGUGAACCCAAUGACCCUAGAAAGCUGGGUGGAAGCUGUGCUGUGGCCAGUCUCCACAGCUAGAGUCCCAUUGAGUCCCCGAGUGGUAGGUUGGCGCCUGUUGCCCGAGCCCCUGCCCAGGGGUAGAUUGCCACCUGUUGCCCGAGGACCCUGCCCAGUGGUAAGUUGCCGCCUGUUGCCCGAGCCCCUGCCCAGUGGUAGGUUGCCGCCUGUUGCCCGAGCCCCUGCCCAGGGGUAGAUUGCCGCCUGAUGCCCGAGGCCCCUGCCUAAUGGUAGGUUGCCGCUUGUUGCCGCCUGUUGCC